AUGAGCGGUGAUAAACCCCAUCUAAACGGCUCUGAUUCGAACGGUACCAAUGGCUCGGGAAGUAGUCAGAAUAAUAGAAAAGGAACGAAGGAUAGAGAUGGCGACGAUGAGAUGACCGUAGUGGUUCCCCCUUCUAAGGGAUCGCACCAGCCGGAUGCUCCUACCAAGGCCACCGAAGCAGAUCUCGCGAAUGAUGGAGAUGGCGCAACCGCUCAAGAAGCACCAGUUGAUCCCAAAGAGAAAGCAGUUUCUGAACUCAAAGCAAACCUUCCUUUACUUGAGCGAGCUGUCAGUCAAUUUGACCCUCGCUUCAGCUUGAGAGUUCUUCGAUCGAUACCAUCCGUGCGGAAGCAUCUUACUGCAGAUGUGAUCGCCUCAGUCGUCACAGAAACAUAUCCAACUCCGACCCCUACUGCGAUAUCUCUCCUCAGCGCAGUCAAGGAUGACGCCUCCUUCCCGAGGGAUAAGGUUGGGGACUGGCACAACAAGAAGGACGGACCUCCAUCGAGAAGUGCUCCAAAAGAUGUUCUGCCCGAGAUUGAUGUUUACUUGUCCAUACUUGUCCAAGUGCAUCUCUACGACAAGAAGUCCAUCAACGCUGGCGCUCAAUUUUCCAGUGCGCUUGUCGAUCAUCUUCGUACGCUCAACAGAAGGACACUCGACUCAUUAUCAGCGCGUGUGUACUUCUAUUACGCCCUCUUCUUCGAAGAAUCUGCGCCCCUACCGCCUUCUCCAUCAGCCGCGGUCAUCUCAAUCCGAAAAAAUCUCUUGGAUGCCUUAAGAACCGCUACUUUACGCAAGGACCAAGACAUUCAGGCUGCAGUUACCACUUUACUCCUGCGAAAUUACCUUCUCACAUCUCACAUUACACAGGCUGACCUGCUGAUCUCCCACACUAAGUUCCCCGUAACUGCUGCGAAUAAUCAAUAUGCUCGAUACUUGUACUACCUGGGACGCAUUCGGGCAAUUCAACUUUCCUAUACCGAGGCACACGAGCACCUUACAGGUGCCAGUCGCAAAUCACCAACGUCAUACAAGGCAAGUGGAUUCUAUCAGGCGUCGACCAAACUGCUCAUCGUAGUUGAGUUGUUAAUGGGUGACAUUCCGGAUCGUGCAAUCUUCCGUCAACCCAGUCUUGAGAAGUCUUUGCAGCCGUACCUCCAAUUGGUUCAAGCGGUUAGCUCUGGCGAUGUGACUGGCUUCCAGGACCUUGUCCAGCGGUAUAACUCGACCUUCCGAAAGGACGAUACGUACACCCUGAUCUUGAGACUCAGACAGAAUGUCAUCAGGACAGGUAUUCGAAUGAUGUCACUCUCAUAUGCGAGAAUAUCCUUGCGAGAUAUGUGUCUACGUCUGGGACUGGAUAGUGAAGAAUCUGCAGAGUAUAUCGUCGCCAAAGCGAUCAGGGAUGGUGUUAUCGAAGCAAGUCUUGAUCACGAGCGAGGCUUCAUGAAGAGCAAGGAGGUUGGCGAUGUCUAUGCUACACGAGAACCAGGAGACGUUUUCCAUGAACGUAUCCAAGCAUGUCUGGCUCUGCACGACGAGAGUGUCAAGGCCAUGCGAUUCCCCAUGAACCAGCACCGAUUAGAGCUCAAAAAUGCUCAGGAAGCUCGCGAACGUGAGCGCGAAUUGGCAAAAGAAAUUGUGGAGGGUGAAAUGGAUGAGGACGAUGGUCCUGGUGGUGAUUUUGAAGGAUUGUGA